AUGCAGCGCGAACUCAGCAGUGGCAGCAGGAGGGGCAGCAGCACCAGUCGCGAUCCAUCGAGCAACAGAGGACCACAGUUCGCAAGGGCUGUGACUGCGGAGCGUCAGUUGGAGGGUGACCAGUGCAGAGAGGCCAUUUCCCUUCUGAGGCACACCACAGAUGAAAGGCAGAUCUUCUUGAAAAUGGAACAAACAUUUCAGUACAGACAAGCACUGAUUCACGAUUCUGAGAAGUGUGAGACCCUCCUCAGCGUGUUCCCAAGAUUCCUUGAUACAAGAGGCCCGGUGCUGCAGGAUUUUCAAAUGAUGUUUGGAGAGGAAAUCUCAUCAAAACUAAUGGAAAAGUGGGAAACCUCUUUGAGGCAGAAAGUCAUCAAAGAAGCAAACAACCUCACUAGGACGCCGAUGCUGGAGUCUCUCCUUCAGUCUGCUCAGGAGAACCCAGAGGACAACGAAGAAUCAUCAGAGUCUGCCUGGAACAGUGACAUGGCAGCACUGUUGCUGUUGGUGUACCUUCUGCUUCCACCUCCUAGUGGGAAGAAGAGGGCUGUGAAAAUCACUGUUCGAGAAGCUCUGAGCCACGUUGUCUGGUUUCACAAAUCAUGCCGCAACCUUCAAGAGACAACAAGCUCAGUCCAGGGGAGGCAGCCCUACAUUUUAGCAGUUGGAACAUCGCGUCGCACCAUCAAUGACUACUACAUUGUUGUGGAUCGUCAACUCAUUCCCUGCAAGGCUAAGUCUUCAAUUUCAGCCUUUGAUGAACUUUUCAAAGCACACUAUGUGUUUGGCAUUUCUUAUGAUCAGGCCCUGCACAAUAUGUAG